ACGCAUUUCCGGAGCGCCUGUUCGAGCUUUUUCACAGGGCGCGGGGCGAUGACUCAGAGUGGCGGGAGCUGCCGCUGCGCUCCUUGAGGCUGGAACCUUCCGGGCCCGCCACCCCCAGGCGGCCUCCGUGCGGCACCCCCGGCCCCCGGCGAUCCCUUUUCGGGAGAUCCGGAGAAAGCGUGCAGAGCCGGGUGCGGACACUGCUCAGUCUCGCUCUUCGCACCUGACACUGUGAACCCCUAAAUGCCGAAGAUUGCGGGGGCCGAGGAGGUCCCGGGUCGCAGGUGAGCAGGAGCUGGGCGGCCCGCGGCCUGAGGGCAGGCGGCGUUCGCUAGACCUCUGGCGCAAACCCGAAGCCAAGAGUCUUCAGUCUUCCAGGCGAGAGCUGGGCACAACCCCGAGGCCCAUCGCUGCGUGACAUGGCCAGCAUCACCCAGCUGUUCGAUGACCUGUGCGAGGCCCUCCUGCCCGCUGCCAAGCCGCACCUGGGCCAGCGCAGCGUGAGCCGAAAGCGGGCCAAGCAGUACCUCAGGAGGCUGGCGUACAACACCCUCUUCACGAACCUUUUUCAAGACGAGACUAAUAAGCUGCAGCCGGACCACUCAAAACUCCCGGUGAAAAACAAGAUCCUCAUGCUGUCCUUCGACUUGAGAGUCGGCGGCCUGGGUCCCGAGGCUGACCGCGUGGAGGAGCUGGUGGAGGAACUGGAAGCCUCCCCUAGCUGUCCGUUUGCGGAGGUGGGGUCUGUUUUGGACCUCCUGGUUCAGCUGGCAGGGAGUGGCCCCCCGCAAGUACUGCGGCGGAGGCGAGACUAUUUCGUUAACCACAGGCACCUGGGGAGAAAUGUGCCCCACAGCGGCUAUGACUGUCACGACCUGAGUGUGUUUGAGAGGGACGUCCAGUCUCGGAUCUGCAGGGAGGAGUACGUCUGUCAGGACAUGAUCCAGAGGACGCUUCAGAUGAUGGAGGCGGCACCUGGCACAGGCCUGUCCUCCUUCGGGCUUUUCUCAUACGGUGACCCUUGUGGUGACCGAUUUGAGAGAGACACCCGGGUCUCGCUCUUCGGUGCCCUUGUGCACAGCCGCACGUUUGACAUGGAUGUUCGGCUGGAUUUACCUCCUGUGCCGGAUAGUGCAGACCUCUCGGGGCUGGCUAUUAAGGUUCCUCACAGUAUCGAUCAGUCAGAAGAUGAAGGAUUCCAGUCAGCAUCCAAUCUGACUCCUGAUUCCCAGUCUGAACAAGGCCUGACUCCGGACAUCGACCUGUGGGAUGCGGUGCUUACCUACAAGGCCAGCAAACGGCGGUGCUGGGAACAGAUUGGGUGCCCCCCUGGCCACAGAGAGGAGCCCUACCUCACGGAGGCUGGAAGGGAUGCCUUUGAUAGGCUCUGCAGGCUCCACCAAGGAGAGCUGCAGCUGCUUGGCGGAAGUCUCCUGCAGGCCCCACUGCCCAUCCUGGUGAAGGAGAGUGAGCUGGUGAAGGACGCACUGAAUGUCCUGAUUGGGGUUGUGUCUGCCACGUUCUCCCUUUGCCAGCUGACUCAGACCUUCACGGUGAGGAGGGGGAUCCGUGUGUCAGGCGUGUCCUCAGAGAGCAUCAGCAGCCUGCUCUCCGAGGUGGCCGAGUAUGGAACCUACUACGUGCAUCUGAGCCACUUCUCGCUGCAGCCUGUGCUGAACUCCUCCUGCAGCAAGGGCCUCGUGUUCCAGGCCUUCACCAGCGGCCUGAGGAAGUACUUGCAGUAUUACAGGGCCUGUGUUCUCUCCACUCCGCCCACCCUGAGCCUCCUCACCAUCAACUUUCUCUUCAAGAAACUGGGCCGACAGCUCCGGUACCUGGCUGAGCUCUGCGGGGUCGGCAUUACACCCUGGGGUACCAGCGGAGGAGAGCCUGGGACCGAGUUCCCCACGGGCGUCAGGCUGCUCUCCUACCUCUACCAAGAGGCCUUGGACAACUGCAGCAACGAACACUACCCUGUGCUGCUGUCCCUGCUGAAGACCAGCUGUGAGCCCUACACACGGUUCAUCCACGACUGGGUGUACAGUGGGGUCUUCAGAGACAAUUACGGCGAGUUCAUGAUUCAGGUGAACCAUGAGUAUCUGGGCUUCAGAGACAAGUCUUACUGGACCCAUGGCUACGUGCUCAUUUCCAAGGAGGUGGAAGAUUGCGUCCCUGUGUUCCUGAAGCACAUCGCGCAUGACGUGUACGUUUGCGGGAAGACCAUCAACCUGCUGAAGCUCUGCUGUCCCCAGCAUUACCUCUGCUGGUCUGAUGUCCCUGUCCCACGAAUCUCAGUCAUCUUCUCCCUGGAGGAGUUGAAGGAGAUAGAGAAGGACUGCGCCAUCUAUGUGGGGCGCAUGGAAAGGGUGGCGCGUCACAGCUCCAUCAGCAAAGAGGAGAAGGAACUAAGAAUGGAGAUUGCAAAACAAGAAUUAAUUGUCCAUGCCCGGGAAGCAGCGUCCAGGGUGCUGAGCGAGCUCAGUGAUCGGCAGAUGUCGGAACGGAUGGCUGUGGAUGCCCGGAAGCGUGAGCAGUUUCAACGGCUGAAAGAGCAGUUUGUGAAGGAUCAGGAGCGGCGCCGGGCAGUCAGACAAGAGGAGCUGGACGAUGACUUCAGCUAUGCCCGCGAGCUCAGAGACCGGGAACAGAGGCUGCGGGCUCUGGAGGAGCAGCUGGAGAAGAAGGCCAGGCAGGUGCUGGUUGAUCACUACAGCAAGCUGUCUGCAGAAGCCGCCCGGCGAGAGCAGAAGGCACUGUGGAAAAUCCAGAGGCAUAGGCUGGCGAGCGCACGGAUGCGCUUCCUCUUAGAGGAUCAGAAACACAUCCAGGCCAUGCUGAAGGACAUGUCCGAGGGGAGGCCCCCAGAGCUGCCGGUUGUCCUCCCGGGUACAUGCUUCCAGGCCUCGUCUCCAGGCUCUGAGCUCCUGGAUGCAGUGGGCAGUAGCUCCAGUUCUGAGCACGCAGAGCUGUGCCGAGCGACAGGGGACUGCUCACACAGACCAGGAUCGCCAUCCCUCGAGUCUGCCUCUGUGGAGACCCAUGGCUUGGAGUCAGAGGCAAGUCCACAGGCAAGACAGGCUGAGGAACUGGGACCAUUCUCUGUGGACCUUAGCAUCCAGGAUUUCCUGCCCACAAAAGGGAGCACUGAACAGCCCAUGCACACCAGUGUGAGCCCCGUCCUGGAAGAGGCCUUGCAGACCAUUGGUUCAGACCUGCCUCCCUCUGCUCCGCCUGCAGCGGCUGACACAGGCCCCUCAGUGUCACAGGAGUAUGAUUUCAGAAGCAUCUUGAGGCCAGCUGUGACCACCUUGGCUUCCUCAAGGUCCCUUCAGCCCAAAGGAGGUAGCCUAGGCAGUGAGGGGGGACAGCUGUGGGGGGACACUCAGGUGAAGCAGGGCAUGUGUGUCAUUGAUGGGCAGGCAGCUCUGCCUCCCUCACACACCUGUCCCCAGGAGGGUAGCAACCAGGCUGUGGAGCAGCCUCUUGAGCGUGUGUCGGGAGACAACAUUCCCAUAGAAGGGUAUGCUUCAGGAACAGCCACCUCCCGGCCUCGGUGGAAUAUCCACGGACACGUGUCAGACUCCAGCAUCAAGGUGGGGGAGAACGUGUGGGAUGUGGCCACUUCUCGACCACGGUGGAACAUCCACGGACACGUGUCAGACUCCAGCAUCAAGGUGGGGGAGAACGUGUGGGAUGUGGCCACUUCUCGACCACGGUGGAACAUCCACGGACACGUGUCAGACUCCAGCAUCAAGGUGGGGGAGAACGUGUGGGAUGUGGCCACUUCUCGACCACGGUGGAACAUCCACGGACACGUGUCUGACUCCAGCAUCAAGGUGGGGGAGAACGUUUGGGAUGUGGCCACUUCUCGACCACGGUGGAACAUCCACGGACACGUGUCUGACUCCAGCAUCAAGGUGGGGGAGAACGUGUGGGAUGUGGCCACUUCUCGACCACCGUGGAACAUCCACGAACACGUGUCUCAACCCCACAUGAGGCCUGGGCUGCUCUGUGGGGAAGUUGAGCUUGAUGUGCCCAGGCCCCACUCAAGCCCCCCAGACUGCAUGCACCAACCAGACCUCAGCCCAGUAGCACAGAGCCCAGCCCAAGAGUUGGAACCAGAACCGCCUGCAGACUUAGCCUUGGGCAACUCCUGUGCUCAGGAGGUAUGCUCAGAUGGCUGGGAAGAGGGCCACUUCCAGGCCUUAACUUCUGAUGCGGCUCGACCUGAUGACUUAGGAGAAGACAUCUGCAAAGAACCAGGCCCAGGGACAACUGGGGACAUCGAGGACCUUUCUCCAAGUCGGCCUCCAAACUCACAGGAAGACACAGCAUCUCAGAGCAGCCCUGGCUCUGGCAAGCAGCAGGAGAAUGAGGAUGAGAUGGACUCGGCCCAGUGCAGGGAGCAGGCCUACCUUGCAGGCUUGGUGGGGCAGUACCGCCUGGAGCAGUACCCAGACAGCUACGAGGCCAUGUCAAAGCCUCCGGUUGCCCGCCUCCUGCACCAUGGCCUUCCCCGGGCUUUUGCCCUCCCCGAGGAGCCCAGAGAGCUGUCAGACACGGACGAGACCGCAGUGCAGCUGAGCGAGCUGCUGCCGCUGCCUGUGCUGAUGAAGCACUCCCUCACAGCCCCACUGGCUGCACAUGUCUCCCUGGUGAACAAGGCUGCGGUCGACUACUUCUUCGUGGAGCUCCGCCUGGAGGCACACCUGGAGGCUCUGCGCCACUUCCUGCUGAUGGAAGAUGGGGAGUUUGCCCAGUCCCUCAGUGACCUGCUGUUUGAGAAGCUUGGGGCUGGGCAGACGCCAGGGGAGCUUCUCACCCCGCUGGUGCUUAACUCACUGCUGAGCAAGGCCCUGCAGUAUAGCCUGCACGGGGACAUGCCACACGCCGCCAACCUCUCCUUCGCCCUCAAAUUCCUGCCCGAGGUGUUUGCCCCCAACGCGCCUGAUGUCCUGAGCUGCCUGGAGCUCAGGUACAAGGUGGACUGGCCCCUCAACAUUGUCAUCACGGAGAGCUGCCUGAGCAGGUACAGCGGCAUCUUCUCGUUCCUGCUGCAGCUGAAGCUCAUGAUGUGGACCCUCAAGGAUGUCUGCUUCCACCUCAAGCGCACAGCGCUGGUGAGCCAGGCGGCCGGCUCGGUGCAGUUCCGCCAGCUGCAGCUGUUUAAGCACGAGAUGCAGCACUUCGUCAAGGUCAUCCAGGGCUACAUCGCCAACCAGAUCUUGCAUGUCACUUGGUGUGAGUUCAGGGCCAGGUUGGCCACCGUGAGCGACCUGGAGGAGGUCCAGCGGGCCCACGCCGAGUACCUGCACAAGGCUGUCUUCAGGGGCCUGCUGACAGAGAAGGCCGCGCCCGUCAUGAACAUCAUCCACAGCAUCUUCAGCCUAGUCCUCAAGUUCCGCAGCCAGCUCAUCUCCCAGCCCUGGGCUCCUGCCCGUGGCCCCCGGGGUGCUGAGCACCCCAACUUCGCCCUCAUGCAGCAGUCCUACAGCACUUUCAAGUACUAUUCCCACUUCCUCUUCAAAGUGGUGACAAAGCUGGUGAACCGUGGUUACCAGCCCCACCUGGAGGACUUCCUGCUGCGCAUCAACUUCAACAACUACUACCAGGACUCCUGAGCCUGCCCGCCCGCGAGGCAAUAAAGCUGGUCUC